CCUGCCAAGUAGGCUGCAUGCUGAGCUUUGCUAUUGAAUCGGGCUCCUCAAAGGUGUGUCGUUCCGUACAGCUCAUGAGCAGGGUUCUUAACACAGGCUUCAGCCUGGGCAGGCUGGGUUUCUCCUAGUCACCCAGGAAGAGAGAGGGGAAUCAGGAGGUCACCUUACCCUUAAGGGGACAGCCAGUGCUAUUUUUCUAGGAAAAGAAAUACCAGAUACACCUCCCUCAUUCUCAUUCCUUAGAAUAUUUCUGGCAGUGGGGGAAGAAAAGAAGUCAAGUUGGCAACUGUGAUGGACUAGCUGGCACUCUCAAGAGGCCAUAUUUGGCUCCAGGGCUGCCAGCAGCAAACCCAGCUCUGAGCCAAUGUUUGUGAAGUGUUUUGAAAUCUUCAAAUACACCGCACAGGAGAAACUCCAUUAUUAUUGUUGUUGUUAUUGUUAUUUCUUUCUCACCUGAUUAAAUAAAUCUCAGUUAAUCUUAUUUUUAAUUAGAUCAAUCCAUUAGCCAGUCAAUUAAAUUCACAUGCAUUUGUAUAUUGGGGGGGGGGGGGAAAUACUUCUGAAGCAAAAAAAAACCAUACUUCAUUUUCAGAUAACAGGUCAGAUCUAGAUUCCCAACAUACUUAGAGUAGUCCCAUUGACUUCAGUGGGCCUGCUUUCAGUAGGCUGGGAAUAGGGAACUCUUCUGUUGUAGAGGCUUUCCCUCCUACCUGUGAGAAAAAGGAGGAGGCCUUUUUGAACCUGCUGUUAUUGUUAAGUAAUCGUAUUAAAAAACGAUGCAUUUUUAAAAUAAAAAAAUCCGCUGCCUGAUUAAUCAGGGGCACAUUUUUAGUAAAUUAAAAGUCUUGCUAAUUGAUUAAUCUACCUGGUUCAUCUAUUAAUUGUUGUUGUCGUUGUCGUUGUCGUUGUCUGGGUCAAAGGGGGUUCUCUCCAGAUUGGCUUGUGCCCCUGCCCCUCUCUGUUCUGAGGUGGAAAAACAGAGUUUUGUUUCCAUCCAAAUUAACUUUUUCUUUUCUCCCCUCUCCCCCCUCUCCUCUUGAGACGAAACAAGGGGCUUUGGGAGUUGCCCCGGAAAUGACUAACCAUGUGGAGGUCCCCAUGGCGGAUGGGCCCCACAUCAGCUUGGAAGUGUUGCCAAAACCUUGCCUGGAUAAAUACUGUGGGUGGCUGAUUCGAAACCUGCUGCUGACCCUCACCAUCGCUGGAGUGAUUUUGGGAGCUCUGUUUGGAAGUCUCCUGAGGUUGCUCCCACCUCUCGACAGCGACCUGAUCAUGCUUAUUUCUUUUCCCGGGGACAUCCUUAUGCGCAUGUUGAAAAUGCUGAUCUUGCCUCUUGUGAUAUCCAGUCUCAUUUCAGGUCUGGCCGGCCUCGAUGCCAAAUCCAGCGGGCGCAUGGGCACUCGCGCCAUGGUUUAUUACAUGUCCACCACUGUGUUGGCAGCCAUAUUGGGUGUCAUUCUGGUCUUGUCCAUUCACCCCGGCAACCCAAAACUCAAGAAAUCCCCCACGGUGAUGACCAGGAACGAGGAAGUCUCCAGUUUGGAUGCUUUUCUGGACUUGAUCAGGAACCUGUUCCCCGAAAACCUGGUCCAAGCCUGUUUCCAGCAGCUCCAAACCAUCUCGACGAAGGUCCCUGUGCCCCCAAUUGUGGUCCGUAAGGAAAACGUGAGUCAGAUCGUCCACGCCAGCGGGUCAGUGCUCAACACCACCAUCACGGAGGUCAACGUGGGUCCCAGCACCGUGACCCAGAAGCAGCUGGAGUUCAAGGCUGGAAUGAAUGUUUUGGGUUUGAUUGGCUUCUUCAUUGCCUUUGGCAUUUGCAUGGGGAAGAUGGGCGAGCAGGCCAAGCCCAUGGCCGACUUCUUCAACAUCCUCAAUGAGAUCAUCAUGAAGCUGGUCUCUAUGAUCAUGUGGUACUCGCCAUUUGGCAUCGCUUCCCUCAUCUGCGGCAAGAUUGCCAGUAUCAAGGACCUGGAGAUGGUGGCCCGUCAGCUGGGCAUGUACAUGGUGACGGUCAUUGUGGGGCUGGUCAUCCACGGUGCUAUGGUGCUGCCCCUCAUCUUCUUCGUCAUCACGCGCCAGAACCCCUUCCUUUUCUACGCUGGCAUCUUCCAGGCCUGGAUUACGGCUCUUGGCACAGCCUCCAGCGCCGGGACGCUGCCUGUCACUUUCCGCUGCCUUGAGGAGAACUUGAAAAUCGACAAGCGGGUGACCCGCUUUGUGCUGCCCAUCGGGGCCACUAUAAACAUGGACGGCACCGCUCUCUACGAGGCUGUGGCAGCCAUCUUCAUUGCACAGAUGAACAGCAUACACUUAGAUGGCGGACAGAUCGCAACAGUCAGCCUAACAGCCACAUUGGCUAGUGUAGGGGCAGCCAGUAUACCCAGUGCGGGGCUGGUCACCAUGCUUUUAAUCCUGACAGCCGUGGGACUCCCGACCGAGGACAUCAGCCUCCUCAUUGCUGUGGACUGGCUACUGGACCGCAUGAGGACCUCCAUCAAUGUGGUGGGAGACUCCUUUGGUGCCGGCAUCGUCCAUUUCCUCUCCCAGAAAGAGUUGGCGCUCAUUGACGGAAGAGGGGAGGAGCUUGAGACAGACCCCACUACCCUUAAGCUGCAGGCUCUGGCCAAUCACCAGGAGGGCUCCAUCGGGUCCGGCUACACCGUCUUGCCCAGCCAGGACGAGGAAGAGCUUCCAGAAAAAAUGGAUGCGGCAUCACAGUAUAGCGAGAAAGAUGAGGAGGAGCCUGAUGAAGAGGAGGAAGAGAAGAAAAAGGAAGAAUAAGCACCUUUCCCCCAUUCACUUCACACACAAACACACACACACACACCGGUAGAUGCUACCAGCAUCAGCAACACAGAUGGGGGCGGGAGGAAUUGCAGGGGCCACCAAACUGAUUUGAUUAUUAUCCUUAUGACUAUUAUACCCAAUGGAAGGUUGGUCCAUUCAGGUGCAUGGGUCAACUGCCCCACCCACCUCAUUCUGCCUUCAGCCUGCCCCUACCCCAACACCUGUCUUCCUGCUUAACAACCAGUCCAGGAGGAGCCACUGCCUGUCCGUUUCCUCCUCUUUCGUCUCACUGUUGCCCUUUGUAUAAUUCGGCAGGAGAAGGACGGGGGAUGGGGGGCAAAACUAGAAUUAGUUGGCUCCGCCUGCCAUUGGCUCUAUGGCGCCACCUACUGUUGGGCUCCCUGCCUUCCGCCCAACCAGUCCCAAGGAGCACUAGUUCCACAGUUCAUACCUGAACCCGCUUUUUGCAGCAACCUCAGCUGUGAAUGAGAGAUACCUGGAUAACUUCAACAGCCACACACAGAGAGACACAGCUGCUGUAUCUACGCAUUGUCUUGUACGUGUGUGUGCGUGCGUGUGUGUGUACACAUAUACAUAGACUUGUAUAUUUUUUGCACAUACCUUUUGUAGAUUGCUUGGGGGUGGGAAGAGGGGAUCUAUUUUUCUUACACAGACACAUUCCACCCUUGAGAUUCUCAUAGGAUAUAGAAAUCUGCCUUAUACCAGGUCAGACUGUUUUGUCCAUCUAGCCCCAACUAGCCUGCUCUGACUGGCAGCAGCUCUCCAGAGUCUCCAGAGUCUUUCCCAUCACUUCCUGCCUGUUCGUGUUAACUAGAGAGGUCAGGGACAGAGCUUUCCACCUUCUACACUCAAAGCAUGUGCUCUGCCACUGAGGUUUGCACCCCAAUUCCCUUCACGUGCAUCUAUUCAUUCACCUUCAGAGACCGAGCGUGUGAUUUGGAGCUUCUGGGCUCUGCCAUGAACCGAGGCAAGCCUUGUUGUUUCCCCUCUCCCAUCUGUAAAAUGGAAAUAAUAAUUCUGGGCCAAUUUUGCAGGAUCGUAUUGUGAGCUUUAUGCAGAGAAUGUAAGUGAAGCGCUUUGAGCACUUUGGGGGGGGGGAAAUACUAUAUAAAUACAAAGUAUUAUUACUAUUAUUAUCUUCAUGCAUAACCACCCUCCCUCUCACAGAACGUCAGUAGACAUUUAGCACCCUAGAGUGGAAUAGCCCCAUUGGAUCAAUUCCACCCUCUCCCACAACAUAUAUACCAAAUACCUGUCUUUCCUUCUCUGGAAAGCUUCCAGCAAAUAACACUUCAUUCAUGCUUUGGGCAACUUCUGUCAUUGCCAAAACUGCCCUCGUAAAUGAGGAAAUCUUAUCCUAUUCUAGUUUCCUCAGGUAUUUUUCAGGCCUCCAUUGCCUCACAAUCGUUACCUCCUUCAUUGACCGUGAGAGCUCUAUAUAACCUUCCUGCCUCUGUUAAAAACAACACCCAAUGCCAAAUGUUUUAUUGACAAUCUGUUGUUUUAUUCUCCUUACUGGGUAAAUUUUAGUCUAGGAAUCUUCUGCUAGUUUGCUGUUUUUUAACUAAAGAGCUUUCCUAAUCCCAAACAGCUAUGUAACAGAGACCUGCGGUUGGGCAAGCAGCUCUUGCAAGGCCUUGGAGAGAUAUUAGCUAUUCAGAAGCUCAGAUUCGAUAAAGUUAUCCUAAUUAACUUGCAGAAGAGCUGAACUCUGUUUCCCUGUUCUCAGCUCAGCUCCCGGGGUGUAUAUACACCUUAAUUAAUCCAUUAUGAAACCGAACAGAACAGAGGCAAGGUUGGGUCAUAUCUGAAAGUAGAAGGCAGGCUGGUCAAUCUGUGGAAAGAGUGGUCGCCUCAGUGGGUUUUGGCCAGGAUCUGUCCCACUUUGUUCCCACAAGUGCUUUACUGUUUUGCCCACAGUCUGAAAGGUAAGCAAUCCCUCCCCAUCUUAACUGCUUUUCAGACAGCACACUGUGAAUCACCCUGCAUGUUUCUCUUAAAAAGAGGGUACAAAAACUGUUGCAUAUGCAACAAUGCCAACAUGACCAAACAUUUCUGGAGUAAUUCUGAAUUCCUUUCCUGUCCAAUAACUGUGGCUUUGCCAUUCACUAUUUUGCAAUGCUUUCUGGCUCUUACAGCAUUAACCCCAACUGGGCAUGAUGAAAUGUAAAAAAAUCGUGGGGAAUCUUUGACAGGUGUCCCAGUGAUAAAGGAAUAAUUUUGCUCCUCUUUGUUCCCACCUCUGCCCUAGAGCAACCGGAAAUGCAUUUUGGAGAGAGCCUGGCCUGGCCUUUGCACAUCUCACUACUGCAGGGCAGUCGGGGGAAAGCAAGCACAAUGGGAAUGCUCAGGCCAGGGGACAAGAAGAACAUCAGCUGCAUUGGUUCUGAGCUACAGGAAGGAGGGCUGUACCUAUCUCAGGGGAGGUGGAAGAGAGAGAUAGAGAGACAGAACAGAUUGGAGAGAGAUGGGGAGGGAGGGGAAGAAGGAGACGCCGUCUGUCGGGCUUAAGAAGCCGAAAGCCAGGAAUUUAAUCAAUGUCUGGGGACUGGCAGGAGGUGAUGACGCAGAGCGAGGCUUCGUCAGUAUGGAUUCAGCUAGCUGGCCUAAUCCAGCACAAUGGCUGAGCCGUGGCUCUCUCCCCCUGCCUAGCAGUCUGUCAGAAAGGGGAGUGAGAUUUUGUGUGCAUGCACAAUGGACCGAGAUGUAUAUUUAGUGCGUGUGCAUUUUUGAAAUAUCAGAUUGAGGUUAUGCAAGGUCGUGCAAUGCAUUUACUUUCAAAUUACUUGGUUAGCCCACGGUUAAAGGUUAAGGAACUUUACACGUCAGGCUUCUUGCAGUUUAACUCUCCCACCCCUUGUCAGGAGUCGACCUCGGAUUUCCCCACCAGGCAAGCAUGGGAUAUUUGACCCCAUGUUGCCAUCUAGUGUUUAGCUUGAGAGUUACACCUUUCCCAUGGAUUCAUUUUGGCAAGACUAUGAGCACACACCACAAAAGGUUGUUACAGGGUAAUGUUGCCAACUGACUAGAAAAGCAACAGCAGAUCUAGACAGGCCUGCUCACGUGCUUUUACCAGCAGGCUGCAGGUGCCACAAUCAGCUGGUGAGCGUUCUCACAUCAUGGAUAUAAGCCAUAUCGCCCAAUGUCGACAAAUCAAGCUUAUUUCAGAGAAACUGCCAUGGCAGCAUAAGCAACGAAGUCUGGGGGCACCUUAAAGAAUGCAUUAGUUCAGGCUACUGUGAAAGACACAGCUGCUGCUGCUGCAGCAGCUGGUUAAAAAGUUGGCAGCCCCAUUCCUAAAGAUUGGGAAACUAAAUGCAUGAAGUUCAGGAGGCUAGAGUACCUUUAAGCAUGUGCAGAGUGCACUUCCCAAAAGCCAGUCUCUAUGCCAGGCAUCCCCAAACUGCGGCCCUCCAGAUGUUUUGGCCUACAACUCCCAUGAUCCCUAGCUAAGAGGACCAGUGGUCAGGGAUGAUGGGAAUUGUAGUCCAAAACAUCUGGGGGGGGCGAAGUUUGGAGAUGCCUGCUCUAUGCUUUCAAGGUUUGGGAAGGGAUUUGGUUUUUUUUAUAUUUUAUUUAGAAAGUGAAGCUUCCUGUUUGGGUUUCCAUGUCUCUAUUUAUUUAAAAUAUUUCCGCCUUUCCAUACAUAUUCUCAAAUUGACUUACAACACCUCGCAUUAAAAACACCGCAUCGCAUAAUUUUUUUAUUUAAAAAAAAUGCAAUGAAAUAUAACUGGCAGCAUUAGAAACCAGCUAUGCAGAUGAAGAUCCACUACUGUGAGAAUGCCUACCUUCAGGGGCACCUGGAGAUAGGCUGUGCUCUAUAGCACAUGUGGGCAAACUUCAGGAUUGCAAGAUCUGCCUUGUGUUUGCUUUUACUAUGAAGCUGAUCUCCACCAAUCAGAGCGAGGGACAAAGUGGUGACUUGGGGUGUGGGGUGGAGAUGGAGCCAACUACUUUCUGCACCCAUGACCCAGGCAAGGGAAGAAUAUAUCAAAAAUUCCAACCAGCAUCUGCAUUUCUACAGAUCUGCAUUUCUACAGAUUUGGGAAAGGGGUGGAUUUUUUCUCAUUACUUUUUUGGGGAGGCGAUCUACCGCAAAUUCUCCAGCAGCAGCCUAUCAGUAAACAGGCUGUCCUAGCUUCUGCCUAGAGUUCAGUCUGCAGGAGUUGGGG